ACGUGAAAAAAAUCUCAAAAUUUCGUGAAACCUUUUCGUGUUUGGCACUGAAUUUCCGGGUUAUCGCGCCGGGGCUAAAACCCUCCCUCACGAGUCACUUCAAAGCAAUCCAUAAACCCUAAACCAGAGCCAUACUGAGAGCUCCUCCAAUGAGCUCGACCUCGAGCGAAGCACAUGCUCUAGGCACCACGACUCAGAAAAGCUCCUCCCCAGCAAAACAAACUCACCACAACUUCUUCGUUUGGAGAGAAUUUCUAUGGGGAGGUAUUGCUGGGGCUUUUGGGGAAGGAAUGAUGCAUCCCAUCGACACUGUCAAGACUCGUAUUCAAAGCCAAGCUAUUUUCAGUGCAAGUCAGCACCAAAAGAACAUACUGCAGAUGGUACGAACAGUUUGGGCUGUUGAUGGAUUAAAGGGUUUCUAUAGAGGCAUAGCUCCUGGUGUCACUGGUUCUCUUGCAACUGGAGCAACAUAUUUUGGUGUCAUAGAAUCAACCAAAAACUGGAUUGAAGAAUCACAUCCAAACCUUGGGGGACAUUGGGCGCAUUUCAUUGCUGGAGCAGUUGGAGAUACACUUGGUUCUUUUGUAUAUGUUCCAUGUGAAGUGAUGAAGCAACGCAUGCAGGUUCAAGGGACAAAGGCUUCUUGGAGUUCUGUUAUGCUGAAAGAUAAUAUCUCUAUGAAGCCUGGUAUCCAAAUGUAUGAUUACUAUACAGGGAUGUUCCAGGCAGGCUGCUCAAUAUGGAAGGAGCAGGGGCCAAGAGGAUUAUAUGCAGGAUUCGGGUCAACACUUGCUAGGGAUGUGCCUUUUGCUGGUCUGAUGGUUAUGUUCUAUGAAGGCUUGAAAGAUUUGACAGAGUAUGGGAAGAAAAAGUACGUACGCAAUCCGAAUUUCCAUAUUAAUAGUUCCUUGGAGGGACUUGUCCUAGGAGGAUUGGCUGGUGGCAUGAGUUCUUAUCUUACCACUCCCUUCGAUGUGAUCAAGACAAGAUUGCAAGUACAGGGAUCAGCGUUGAGGUAUAACGGCUGGUGGGAUGCAUUGCGAAGUAUAUGGAUGACUGAAGGUGCAAAGGGAUUGUUCAGAGGUAGCAUCCCCAGGAUUACAUGGUAUAUUCCAGCUUCAGCUCUUACAUUUAUGGCUGUGGAGUUUCUCAGAGACCAUUUUAAUGAAGGAGUGAGCAUUGAUAGCGUGCAAGAAGUUGCUAGCUUGACAGUAGAUAAAAAGAAUUCACCUUUACAAGUCUCGCUCUAACAUCUCUCUGUAACUUACCAAGUACCUGUAAGAGUGCAAAUUCUGCAAUGAGUUUCGCAUCUCUUGCUCCCUGAUAAAUAACUGGAGGCUGUCCACGUACGAACACCUUUACCAUUGGGAAUCCUCUAAUCCCAUAAUC